UCUCUUAAUGUGUCCUCAUAUAACAAUUUCAUUUCUCCUGCAUUUUGUGAUCUGUCAUUUAGCAUACAUUUUGUACAAUGGGUACAUGAUUCCUAAGGUGAAAACAUUAUUUCUGGUGUUGUCUGGCUAGGAAAUUCCAGAAGUUUUUCCAUCUUGGAGACCUACUAUUGAAUCUUACUAUGAAAGAGUCCUGUAAGUUUUCCCCAUUGUUUAUUCCUGUGUCACACUCUGAAAAGAGAGUAGAAAGUUAUCAAAAAUCAUAGUAGAUCUAUUCACUUAAACUGUGUCUGCCUAGUAAGUUCAUUUCCUUCAAUCAACGUUAAUUUCUUUAUACAAAAUCAGAAGUUUUGCUCAUGCAUCCAAUACAUGAUUUCUUUGACUAGUUUAUAGUGCUAAUUUGUAUUUCCUUCCCUUGGAUUUGACGUUUUGGAUUUCUUUCUUGUGCAAUUGAAGUUGGAGUGUUGCAAGAAUUCUAAUAUGUAGAAGACCAGAUUGAGGGUUGUGAAAUGUGAAAUAUCAAUGAUUUCUUUGAUUUUUUUACUUGUGUCCAACACAUUCCAUGCACUUAACUUUUUUUGUUUCUGUUUUUGUGGGUAAAUGGGCAAACCUGUGCUUAUGCAGCUCCGUAAUCUGGAAAGGGGUGUGGACAUAUUAGUUGCCACACCGGGGCGCUUAGUAGAUAUGAUAGAGAGGGCAAGAGUUUCUCUUCGGAUGAUCAAGUAUUUGGCUUUGGAUGAGGCUGAUCGAAUGUUGGAUAUGGGCUUUGAGCCCCAGAUUCGAAGGAUUGUUGAGCAAAUGGAGAUGCCUCCACCAGGUGCAAGGCAGACAAUGCCUCCACCAGGUGCAAGGCAAAUGGAUAUGGGCUUUGCAGUCAUGUUUCUAUAGGUAUGACUUUUUUAGUUGUAGCCCUUGUAGAAUGUUGGCUACAUGGCCAUGUUGACAUUUGGUAUUGUUGGACACAGAAAGCAUUUGAUGAAGAUGGUAACGUAAAGCAACCAAAGCAACUCUCAAUUAACAAAGUUGGACAUGCGCUGCAUGAGAUUGAUCCAGUCUUCAAAAAAUUCUCUUGCUCGGAGAAACUAUCAAGCUUACUCUUAUCCUUAGACUACAAGAGGCCGAUGAUCAUUCAAUCAAUGUACAUAUUUAAGCUUUCCGAGGUAGAGAAGGAGAUACAGAGGCUACUGGAGAGAUGCGAUGGUGUUUCAAGCAACAGCCCGACUUCAUUGUUCUCCAUGGAAGCCAUGGAUCCACCUUUUCUAGGGGAGUUUGGGAUGGAAGAGUUUGGAAAUAUUUUUUAUGUGCCAGAAAACAAUUACAAUCAUGGAAUGGAUUGGGUUAAUCUUAUAUGAUAUGUAAUUAAAGCAAUUCCAGUAUUAAUGUAGCUAGUGACCAUCUUAUGUA